GGAGAAGCUGAACAUGUGUGAGUGAGAAAUCCAUGACUGAGCCUGGUUUCAGGGAAGGCGAAAGAGGUUGGAUUCCAUUACACAGGUGAGGGGCUUGGUCUUUGAUGGAAAGAGGGAGGGAGAGGACGGAUUAAAUGACUCCAAGUUGAGCUCUCUGAAGGAGGAGGCAAAACCAUCUGCCGAGUUUGGUGUGUCAGCUACUCCGUCGACCAGUAUUCUUCAAGCAUUUUCUAGCGCCAAACACUGUGGUAGAUCAUGAAUGAUGAUGACCCUUAUGCUCAGCCCUGACAGACUAAUAAAUAUAUGUUUGGUCUUUGUCUAUGGUUCCUGACACUGGGCUCUGAAGCCCUUGGAAUUUCCGGAGGGAUUGUGAUGAUAGGAAUGUCUUUUGUUAUUCAUAGAAGGAUCUCUUUUCCACACCUGUUUAUGCUAAUGAGGUGGCUGAGGUGUACGGGGUGCCCUAGGUAGCCUCAGGAUGGGGUGGUCACCAGAAAGAACCAGUAAUUAGAGGGUUGGAGCUUUCAGCCCCACCCACUGUCCUCUGGGAAGGGGGGAGGGGCACACCUAGAGAUGGGUUGUAAAAACUUGAUCAACACUAUUUGGAGAGCUUCUGGGUUGAGGAACCCACAGACACAGAGGUGCUGGGGAAAGUGUCUACACCAGAAACAAUCCAAGGUUUUUUUUAAAAGCCUCAUGGGACAGCACUGUUGCUGAAUGCCUGGUACAUAUAAGAAACUUGACUGCAUGAAAGGCACUCUCCAAACACAUGUUGUUCUCCAUUUCAAGAUGCCUUUGCAGUUUCGAUAAAUGCGAACUGACAACUCUCAGGGCCACGACAGUAGAGAAAUCAUGACUGCUUGAAGCCUGGAAGACUGCCCUUAAUUAAGGAAAAUCCCUGAUUGUUGUUUGAAAUGCUGAGAAAGUUGCUGCGAAGGAGACUUUUCUCUUAUCCUACUAAAUACUUCUUCCUGCUUCUUGUUUUUUCCCUAGUCACCUUCUCUGUUUUAAGAAUUCAUCAAAAGCCCGAAUUUAUAAGUGUUGGACAUUUGGAGCUGGUUGGAGAGAAUCCUAGUAGUAACAUUAAUUGUACCAAAGUUUUACAGGGGGAUGUAGAUGAAAUCCAAAAGGUACAGCUUGAAAUUCUAACGGUGAAAUUUAGGCAGCGCCCUCGGUGGACAACCAAUGACUAUAUAAACAUGACCAGAGAUUGUAAUUCUUUCAUCAAGAGGCGUAGAUAUAUCAUGCAACCCCUUAGUAAAGAAGAGGAAGAAUUUCCCAUAGCAUAUUCUAUAGUGGUUCAUCACAAAAUCGAAAUGCUUGACAGGCUCCUGAGAGCCAUCUAUAUGCCUCAGAAUUUCUACUGCAUCCACGUGGACAGAAAGUCAGAGGAUUCCUUUUUGGCCGCGGUGAUUGGCAUCGCAUCCUGCUUCAGUAAUGUCUUUGUGGCCAGUCAGCUGGAGAGUGUGGUGUAUGCCUCGUGGAGUCGGGUUCAGGCUGACCUCAACUGCAUGCAAGACCUCUACAGGAUGAGUACAGACUGGAAGUACUUGAUAAAUCUUUGCGGUAUGGAUUUUCCCAUUAAAACCAACUUGGAAAUUGUCCGGAAGCUCAAGUCGCUAAUGGGUGAAAACAACCUAGAAACUGAGAGAAUGCCAUCCAAUAAAAAAGAAAGGUGGAAAAAGCAUUAUACAGUUGUUAAUGGGAAGCUGACGAACACAGGGACUGACAAAAUGCACCCUCCUCUCGAAACACCUCUGUUUUCAGGCAGUGCCUAUUUUGUGGUCAGUAGGAUGUAUGUGGGGUAUGUGCUAGAGAAUGAAAAAAUCCAAAAGUUUAUGGAGUGGGCUAAAGAUACAUACAGCCCUGAUGAGUAUCUCUGGGCCACUAUUCAGAGGAUCCCUGAUGUCCCGGGCUCAUUGUCCUUAAGCCAGAAGUAUGACAUGUCUGACAUGCAUGCAAUUGCAAGGUUUGUCAAAUGGCAGUACUUCGAGGGGGAUGUUUCCAAGGGUGCCCCCUACCCACCCUGCAGUGGGGUCCAUGUGCGUUCUGUGUGCGUGUUUGGAGCAGGGGACUUGAACUGGAUGCUACGCAAGCACCACUUGUUUGCCAACAAGUUUGACACGGACAUUGACCUCUUUGCCAUCCAGUGUUUGGAUGAGCAUCUGAGGCAUAAAGCCCUGGAGACAUUAAAACAUUGACGGUUCAUUUUAGGCAACUAGAAAUGAGAAGACGUGUGCAUGAGAUGCACCCUACCUGAUCCUUCUGCCUGGUGAUAAACAGAGAAACUAUAGGGGGCGCUUUUUGAAACUAUAGGGACCUUGAAGCUGUGUGAUUUCUGCCCUGCACCAUGGGUUAGAAAGGUUAUAGCAUUAAAUGUUGACCUAGCGUUAACAUGGGGUCAGGGUAGGUUGGGAGGCACUGUGGGGGGCAGUGGCCCACGUAGCUGGGGAUGUGGGUGAAUGCAAAAACCAGCCUGUUAAAAGAACUCAGGGACUUAACAAAAUGACCAAGAUUUCAUCUGUGCCAAAAUUACUUUGAGAGCUUUAAUUAUGACAAUUUUCUUGAUUUGAAUAAAUUUAUAGCAACAACCAAUUGUAAGGAUAUAA